AUCGUAGGUUAUGUUAUUGUCAAGAAGCGCAUGAGAGAUUUAACAACAGUAUACUGCAAUUAAUAAUUUAUGUUCGCGAUAUGUCAUCAACGGUAGGAUGCCGAAUUCUCGCAAAAUUAGGCAGGAGCAGAUUGAGUGGCUUGCCAUCGCGGAUUAUCGGCGCAGGAAGGUUUAACAGCACCGCGGAAAAUGCGGAAUUUUCGAAGGAUAUCGUUCCGGCUCCACAGCCGGGAAAAAUUCAAGCUGCACUGUUAAAAGACUUCUCUAGUCCUCUCAUAAUAGAGAAUCUGGAGCCGCCUAAAAGAGCGCAGGAGAAUGAAGUUCUCAUUGAUGUUCACUAUUGUGCUUUGAGUGCUUCUGAUUUGCUUCUCAGUCAGAAUUUACAUACAUUUGAACCAAAAUUACCAAUGAUUCUCGGUUACGAAGUUGUCGGAAAGCUAAUCGAAGUUGGCACAGAGGCAGAAAAGAAUGGCUACAAGAUUGGUGAUAAAGUCAUUGCUCUUAAUAAGGAACGAUAUGGAGGCUUGGCUGAAAAGUGUUUGGCAGAAGUUGGGGAUAUAUGGAAGGUACCUUCUACGAAAUCAGCUAGCUCUGCAGAUUUAGCGAGUAUCUUAGAUAGUUAUAUCACCGCUCUAGUUGCAUUAGAAAGAAAAGUCAGUCUCAACGAGGAUGAUAUGAUUCUAAUAAACGUCGGCGUAAGUGGUAUUGGUCUGGCAGCAGUGGAUCUUGCAACAAACGUUUUUAAGGCAAAGGUCAUUGGAGUUUGCGCUACAGAAGACUGUGCCGAUCGAGCACGGGAGAUGGGAGCAUUCACGGCUCUCAAAUAUAAAGAUAAAAAGCUAAUGAAGCAGAUAAAAGAAAUCGCAGCCGAACGAGACAUUAAAACCAUUUUCGAGGAUGAAGAUGGAGCGCAUUUCAAGAAACUGUUGAGUUGCUUUACUGAUAUCUACAAAGUCGCAACGUUAAAGGAUAUGUUGCGCAAUGACAGUUUCGCCGUGGUGGUGCAUCACUUGUCUCGCGAAGGGCGCGUGAUCAUAGCUGGCACGGCGACGACCAUGGCGGACGUUUCGGAUGUGCAGAAAGGUUCCUUCAGCGUCACUGGCUUUAAUCUCAUGGAAUAUAAAAAGAAGAAGCCUGACGUAUAUCGCCAAGCAGGAGAUGACGUUCUGCAGUUCCUUGAAGAAGGGCUCAUUGCACCAUCUUACUCGUUAAUCGCCGGUAUGCACAAAGUCAAUGAUGUUUUGGGGUCCAUUUCUGAAAAUAUGUUUCCAGGAAAAGUCAUCAUUGACAUGAGAGAUAAGGAAGCUGCGAUAACAAAAAUGGUUACGUGAUCAGAUUUGUAUGAAUUCUUAAUGAGCAUUUCAUAUAUAAGUGUUCUUCUCACUUUAUCUUAAAGUUGAGAAAAGCACACUGGCAGUGCAUGCAG